GACUAAAUGUAUAGGGUCUUUGCUAUACACUGGGGCAGGCUUUGAGCCUUUCUUCUGUGGCUUUGAGCCUGGAGGCUUCCAGCCAAACUCAGUUCAGGAAGGGGAGGGAUGGGCUUUUGGGCUGUGCCGCUGGCAGCCAGAAUGGGGUUGGCUGUCUCCUCCCCUUCCGCACUGGUGCUCUACACACUGUGCUCUCUGGAAUGACAGGCAUUCCUGUGUGAAGAGAGCUGCUGUUGAAGACGUUUGUGAGAGCCACACGUACCUGGUGGCCGGCAAAACAGAAACUCCAGAUCUCACGCUGUUUCCUGGCAUUUGGCAGUGAUACAGGAUUGCUGGUCCCUUACAUGGAUUUAUCUUUUUAAGAGACGUUUGCUUUUGCCAGAAAGAGUUUGUUGUCGUGGGACACAUCUAAGACAAUUAUAAUCAUGGGGCAAGCUGAUGUCUCCAGACCGGUAAAUCCAGAUGCAGUUGAAGAAGCGGAGCGGCCCUCUGGAGACCCAGGCCUGGUGAUGGACAGUGUGGAAGCAGGGGACACAACACCUCCCACCAAAAGGAAAAGCAAGUUCUCAGGUUUUGGCAAGAUCUUCAAGCCGUGGAAAUGGAGGAAAAAAAAAAGCAGUGAUAAAUUCAAAGAGACAUCAGAAGUUUUAGAGCGAAAAAUAUCUAUGCGAAAACCAAGAGAAGAGCUGGUUAAAAGAGGGGUUCUAUUGGAAGACCCCGAGCAGGGUGGUGAAGAUUCAGGAAAGCUGAGCCAUGCUGCAUUAAAGAAUGGACACACCACCCCCAUAGGGAGUGUCAGGUCUUCUAGUCCAAUCCUUUCGGAAGAAGAGGCAGAGGGAAGUCUCAGGAAUCUUACUCCAGAAGAGGAUCCAAAGAAGAGACUUGGCUCAACUGGAAGCCAGCCCAGCUCUGAAGCAGAGCCUGGGCCUGAGCAAGCAUCUAAGCAGCCCCUGCUGCCCCCCAAGAGACCCCUGUCCUCUUCUGAUGAAGGAAACGAGGGGCAGGCAAAGGAGGUCCCAGCCGGCAGUGCAGCAAGACCGGUCUCCUCCACUUCUGGCUCUGGCAUUGAGACACCUGCUGCCACCACUGCUGCCACAGACAUGACAAAGACCUUAACAAAGUCCUUUGUGGCCUCGACCCCCGCCCCCACCCCCGCCCCCAGGACUCUGCCUGCUGCUCCUGCCAGCACUAACACUACUGCCACCCAUCCAGCCCCGGCCAAGCAACCGCCCAUCCCACCCCCUAAACCAGCUCAGAGAAACAGCAACCCCAUCAUCGCUGAACUGUCCCAAGCAAUGAACAGUGGCACACUGUUGUCGAAACCAUCCCCACCCUUGCCACCCAAGAGAGGCAUUCCAUCAACUUCGGUAUCCAGCUCGGAGCCUGCUGCUUCAGCCACAGCUAAGACAGCAAAUGAUCAAAGAGAAAAAACUGUCUCUUUGUGUUUGGAACCACCGCUGACAAUCCCGCCUUCGUCCCCGUCACCUCCCCUGCCUACCCACAUACCUCCAGAGCCUCCACGGUCCCCUCUAGUCCCUGCUAAGACUUUUCAAAUGGUGCCAGAAGUUGAGUUCUCCCCUUCUUUAGAUCGAUUCCAGGACAUUUCCCAGCAGGAAGAUCAGAAAAAGGAAGUCCCCAAGAAGAUACAGGACCAGAGCUUUGGGGAGUCCCAUAUACCCUCCAGGCUUCCCCCAGUCCCACUGCAUAUCCGAAUUCAGCAGGCCCUUACCAGCCCCCUUCCUGUGACCCCUCCCUUGGAAGGAACUCAUAGAGCCCAUUCACUGCUCUUUGAGAGCAGUGACAGCUUCUCCGAGGACACUGGCACCCUGGGUCGGACCAGGUCACUUCCUAUCACGAUUGAAAUGUUGAAAGUUCCAGAUGAUGACGAGGAAGAGCAGAUCUGCCCGUUUGUUGAAGACAUGACAUCUACCUCAGCUACUCCUAAACUACCACCGUGUCUGCAAGAGGAAGAGAAGGAGAGCGACUCAGAUUCAGAGGGUCCCAUUCAGUAUCGAGAUGAGGAGGAAGAUGAUGAUGAUGAUGAAAGCUAUCAGAGUGCCCUGGCCAACAGAGUGAAGAGGAAGGACACGCUGGCAAUGAAGCUGAGCAGCAGACCCAGCGAACCAGAGACCAGCCUGAGUUCUUGGCCUUGUAAAAGCAAGGAGGAGUGGAAUGAAAUACGGCACCAGAUCGGGAACACGCUGAUCCGGCGGCUGAGUCAAAGACCAACAGCAGAAGAGCUGGAGCAACGGAACAUACUACAGCCUAAAAAUGAAGCUGAUCGCCAAGCAGAGAAACGGGAAAUUAAACGUCGACUCACUAGAAAGCUCAGCCAAAGGCCAACUGUGGCUGAGCUACUUGCCAGGAAGAUCCUGAGGUUUAAUGAGUAUGUGGAGGUGACGGACGCUCAGGACUAUGACCGGCGAGCAGAUAAGCCUUGGACCAAACUGACUCCUGCUGACAAGGCUGCCAUCAGGAAAGAAUUAAAUGAGUUUAAGAGCUCGGAGAUGGAGGUUCACGUAGACAGCAAACACUUCACACGCUACCAUCGCCCAUGAAGCUGAAGCCUGAGAAAGGAACUAAAGGACCACUGGGAAAGCAUAGCUGUUUUGUUGCUUGUCUCCAGGGCGACCAUAACACUUCCUGCACAGCCAGACCUGCUCUGGGAUCUGGUUCGGGGCAGACAGCACUCGUAUGCAUGUAGCCUUUCCUCGGUAUGGAUCCUUGUGCACCUCUUAGAGAAGAACGAAACACCAGAUACUUUUGAGCCUUUUAACAACACUGCAGCAGACUUGAGGACUUUUCUCUCACCAGCCACAGAGGCACAGAGCCACUUGCAGGGUCUGAGUUUUACUGGCCGCAGCACAAGCUGCCCUAAGACACCUGCGUGUACUGGGGCCGUUUGUACCAUUAGCCUGUCUGCUCUGUCUGAGAGUCUUCAUGCAGGCGUAAUUCAGCCAUCAAGUCCUCUUACCAGAAAAAACCUUCUGGAGGCACCACCCCUUGGAGCAAAAGGGACCCGCUUCCAGAGAAAGUGCCUGGACCUCACUGGUGUCAGUUCAGAGACCGCACUUUAAGGACUGACCAGAAGGAAGCUCAGGCUCUGGCCUGUCCCUUCCUCUAUUUGGUACUUGUCAUCCUAGGUCCUUUCUUUUUAUUUUGAGACAAGAUCUUAUUCUGUGGCUUAGGCUGGCCUGCAAACUCCCAUCUCGGCCUCCCAAGUGCUGGCCCUUAUUUUAAAGUGAACUUAAAGAAAUGGGGGAAUUUAUUCAUUCCAUGGUCUGAGCUGUAACCAGAAUCCAAGUGAUCACUUGAGUGCAUUUCCUGUGUACAAACCAAGAAAAAGGCCUUAAUAUUAAAUAACGCCAGUUUGGUAGAGAACUGACUCAGAGGGUAGACUAUUAUAUGUUCCUUGUACCAAAUGAUAUUGUAAACCACUUCAGCCUGUGGGAGCACCGUGUGGGAGCACCUGUGGGAGCACUGUGUGCUACAGGUGCGCGUGCCUCUAGACAGAGCCCUCUCCUUGGUGCUCUUGACCCUCCUUACUGCACAGUCCCUCUCUACAGCAUUAGCCCCUCCCACCUCCCGACAGCGAACACCUCACUUGUCUUUCCAUUCCAUGUUGGAGCCAGCGUGGUUGGUGCCUGUGUUUUCUAGUCAGGCCUCCCCGUUUGCAUUUGGGUGCUGGUUUGCUUAUUGUCUCAAAGAACUUUUCUCCUGAAACCUACACAGCCUCACCGUUCCCUCCUGAAUUCUAUUUACAUUGUAAGUGGUAGAGAAAUGUUAUAAUGGGUUUGUUUAUAUUUUUUGUUUUUGUUUUAGUUUGUACCUCAGUAUGUAGCCCAGGCUAGCCUUUGAAGUGAAGUCUUCCUUACUCAGCCUUCCCAGUCUGGGAUCAUAGACGGCAAGUCAUACCCAGCUUUUUCUCACCUUAACAUCUAGUAAGUUGUGCGUCUUUAAAUUUUUUUUUUUGCUUUAUUCUGUUUCCUGUCUAUAUUUUUUCAGCAAUGUUCUCUGUGUCAACGUCAUACUUAUUAAAGAGUUAGAAUACAGGACAAACAAAAAAGCUAAAGUGACCUUAGAACUCGUACUUUGUUCUCUAUGGAGGAAAAAGUGCUUUGGGUUUUUGUUGUUGUUUUUUUUUUUUCCCUCUUACUGCCAGAUAGUUUCUGGCUAUGAAAAAAAGACUGCGUCCCACCUCCCAGUCUGUGAGAAGUCUAGGUACAAGGUUGCUAGAGCUGUUAACCUUUGUGAUCGCAUUCUGUUCUGUGCUCCUGAAGGAGGGAGGCUCAGUUCUCACAAGCGAGGCGGGUGCCUGCUCCACCCCUGUUCCUUCCUGCUUAGUCCUGGGUUUAUAGAGCACUUUAUGGGCCUGUGCUGCCUGUGCUGUGGUAACUUUGUGUUUUAUUAGACAGGCUCUCAUGUCACCUCACAAUGUAGCCAAGGAUCUGCCUCCACCCCCUGCUUACAGGGCUCACAGAGGCACCCACCAUGCCUGCCUGUCUUGUCUCCCUGCUGCUUUCCCUGCCUCACAGUGCCAAGCCUGACUCCCCGUGUGCUUGUGUGUGCCAUCAAGGGCCCUGACUCACAGUUCAUCUCAUUCGUCUUCUGCAGCGUCAUCUGUUAGGGCGGCAUCUAGCCCGUGGUUUUGUUUUUAUGUAUAUAAAAGUUGAUUACGUGUUUCUUUCUGUAAUUUGAAGCUUACAAUCAUAAUGUAAAAGGGUAAAAGCUUCUCAUGUUGUAGGUUAAGAUGCUUCUCCAGUGUACAGAAUCUUGUAAAAUAAAUAAUUACAUUGUAUAUCAGUCUUCCCACCAAUCUUAAUUAUUAAAGUAUUUUAGAAUAUUAAAAAACCUGGACUUCUUACUUUUUACUUUGGAAUGCUGUGCAGUGAGCUCAGGCCUCAUGUGUGUUAAUUACUCUGCCACUAAGCCAUAGCCCUGACCUGUGGGUUUACUUUGUUUUGUUUUAUUCCAGAAGAUUGAAACAACUUAAAAGUGAUCCCAAAAUACUGCUAAUGACGUCCAAUAAAAAGAAGGUGAACAGUAGUGUUAAGUGUAGCCAGAGGCGAAACAGUCUGCUUAUGAAUUGCUAUGCACAAAAAUCACAGGGCUGGGGUAUAGCAGCUCAGUAGAGCGCUUGCCUGGUACGCACUGAGCCCUGUUCAGUCCCCAGCAGCAAACCAGCAAGACAAAGUGUCCCCAAUGCUUCUGAAGCCAAGGCAGAAGAGUCAGAAGUUCAAGGUCAUCUUGAGUAACAUAGCAAAUUCAAAAUCAUCCAGCAUAGCCUGGGGUGCAUGGUAUUCUCUCUCACUCUCAAUCUCUGAAUUGCAGAGAGAGGAGUUAUGUCCAGGCCUUGCCUGCCUAGCCUCUACCCACCCUAUCUGGAAAAUGAGAUUGUACAGGUCAGGUUAUUUCUUUAAGGUCAAAACAAAUACUAUUUUUGCAUAUGUUUGAGGACAAGGACUUAGAGCCCACUCAGUCUACCUUAUAAGGAUUUACUCGAUAUGGAUCACGGCUAACUGACCCUCAGGCUGAUGUCACCAGAGCAGCUGGUGCUGCCUGUCCUUACAGGCAGGCUGCCCAGUUUCAGCCCAGGGCACCUCAGCAAUGACUCACUUGCUGCUUGGCACUUGGCACACUACCCUUUACUAAGUGUGACAAGAAACCAGGAGUCGUGGGGCUGGGGAUUUAGCUCAGUGGUAGAGCGCUUACCUAGGAAGCGCAAGGCCCUGGGUUCGGUCCCCAGCUCCGAAAAAAAGAACCAAAAAAAAAAAAAAAAGAAACCAGGAGUCAGAACUUUUUGUUGGCUGUUUUUCUGAUCCCAGAUUCCUGUGGCCCAAAUUAGUAGUUGUUACUGCAGUUGUUACUGCAGCCUUGGAGUUAAAAUGUCUCCAGAAGUUUGUUCUGAAGGUGCACGCUGCCCAGGAUUUACUGAACAGUGGAUGAAGUUUGGUUCUUUGUGGAGAGAGACUGAGGUCUGGAAAACCAUGUCAGAAAGGAGAGGGCAGAGGCAACAAGAUGGCUCAGUGGGUAAAAGCAAUUCCCACCAAGCCUAAGGGACAGCUAGAGCACAGAAAUGGGCAGAGAGAUAGGAGAGAAGCACCCCCACAAGGCAUUUCCUCAGACCUCCACACCUUGUGGCAGGAGCAUUCCCACAUAUACAUCAUACACACAUUCAGUAAUAACAGAGUCUAGUGAGUACCAAAUGAACUAGGGGUCAUAUAAAAGAUGGGAACAUACAGAAACAAACAAAAAAGAAAACCAGCUCAGAAGCCACUACUGCUGUUAAGUAGAUUUUAAAAUGUGAAAAUGAAGUCAAAACUAUUAACUUACACUUUGCCUCUUUGUAUUUUCUUUUGAAGAUUUACCUAUUUACAUUGUUGCUGUCUCAGACACACCAGAAGAGGGCAUCAGAUCAUUACAGAUGGUUGUGAGCCACCAUGUGGUUGCGGGGAAUUGAACUCAGGAUCUCUGGAAGAGCAGUCGGAUGCUCUUAACCGCUGAGCCAUCUCUCCAGCCCCACAAUGUUACUUUUCUACUCAGAAAAUGGAGUGUUAGAAGACGAAAGCAGCCUGAGGGCCAUCUUCCUCUUCAUACUGAGUCUGGGACAGCCAGGGCUAUACAGAGAACCCCAUACUGAGAAACAAAAACCAAGUUAUAAAAAAUUGUUUGCGGGGCUGGGGAUUUAGCUCAGUGGUAGAGCGCUUGCCUAGGAAGCGCAAGGCCCUGGGUUCCGUCCCCAGCUCCGGAAAAAAAGAACCCCCCCCAAAAAAAAAAAUUUGUUUGCUUGGCAGUGGUGGUGCACACCUGUGAAGAACUCAGCACACAUCUCGAUAUAUCAAGAGGACCGUGGCCAGUGUUUCUAAUCAGGCUAGCCUCGAUUUAAUGACACCAUUAAUUUAUUUGCCUGACACAGAUCCUUACUGCAUUAUUGCUUGUGCAUGUAUGAUGGUGGAGCGCUUUGUACACGUUACAGCAUUUCGUGGUUUUUGUGUGCAGCCCUGCGGUUCAGGUACCUGCCCACCCAGUGAUAAAUAUCUUAAGCAUCACCAUAUUUUAUUGUCAACAUCUAUAUUAGUUUUAUAUGUCUGUAUGGAAAGUGCACAAAACCGCUUUUUAAACGGGUGUGGAUAAGAACCUCAAAUCUUAGGCUGGUGUCUUCCCGUUGAGAAUGCAUGAUUGUUGUUGUUUUGCUUCGUGUGUGUGUGUGUGCUUUGAUGUACUUACUCCUAUUUGUGCACCAUGUGUCUGGGGAUCCACUGAAACUGGAGUUAACAGACAGCUCAGUAGGGAGCGACGCGCUGUGAGCUCCCCUAUAAGUACUGUGGGAGAGCAACCAGGAAUCUUAACCACUAAGCUAUCUCUCCAGUCCCCUCCAUGGGAAGUUCUUAACUGUAGCCAAUUCUUCGAGAGGCACCUCUGUUCUGUAUCAAAUGUGCCUUCCACAUACAAAGUAGAUUCAAGCUCUGGAAUCUAGAAAGCGUUUCCUAGCUUUUUUUUUUUUUUUCAUUUUGCCUAUACCAGUGUAUCCAGGCAGAGAGGACAAACCUCACGAGCUCAUCAAUUCUACGCCAUCAAGACCCAAAACUUUAAUAGCGCAAAAGUCUCCGAUCCCAGUUGAGGUGAAACUCGACCUGAAGUAGAUCCCAUCAGCCUUAGCGCAUUUCCAAUGGCUCUAAGUGCGCGUGACAUGCGCAGGCGCAGUCGGCAACAGCUGACUUCCGGAAGUUGCUUAAGGUAUAAAUACGGCUGCGUCGGCGAGAUUCUGUCUCUUUACCGGUUUCUCUCUGGGUCUGUACUCUGUAGAAUUGAUGAGUGAUCCCAAAGAACUCAUUGAGGAAAGAAGAGGAUCUAUCUGUACAGGUGCCUGUUGAUUUACUUGAUAAAAGACUUUGAGGCCUUUUAAUUAUAUGCAGCUUGGUGAAAUCUUGUCCAUAUUAUGGCCUCAUCCAUUGGAAGCUGGACAAGCUUUUGUGCCUACUCAAUUUUGUCUGGCAAUUACAUUUUCCAUACAGGUUGUGUCUAGAUUUGUGAAAAUGAAGCAUGGUUCUCCUUUUUGAGGUCCAGGAGGUUUCCCCAGGACCAUGUUAUAUAAACUUUAUAUUUUUUGUUCCCAUGUUCUCUGUAAGAUUGUAGCCAUGAGUUCAGAUCCAGAAUGGGUUAUUCGAUCCAGUUGUAAUCUAUGAGUCUUUGUGAUAUGCCUGACAAGUUUGAAUUAAAGCUUUUUGAAUGCC